AUGUACAUUGACGAAUUAGUUAAGCGUAACACCGCUGUCAAUAUUAACCCCCCUGCUGCAGAUAUCAAUAUCCAUCUUACAGAACAUGGUAGUAGUUGGUUAUGGGCUGCCUUUUCUGUUUUUGGUGUGCUCAUGGUUGCUCAUGGGUUUAUGUAUAGUUUAACUAGUGUUAGAAAGAGUGGGCUUAAGAAGGCAUUGUUGACGAUUCCAUUAUUUACCAAUGCAGUUAUGACAUAUGCAUAUUAUACAUAUGCUUCCAAUUUAGGUAACACUGGUAUUCCUGUUGAAUUUACCCAUGCAGGUACUGGUGUUAGACAAAUCUUUUAUUCCAAGUUUAUUGGUUGGUUCUUGGCAUGGCCAUUGGUUUUGGCUGUAUUUGAAGUCACCACUCAUACUCAUUUGACUGCUAAUGAUGACACUGAUUUAAUUUCCAGAUUUAUUUCACUUUUCCUGGGCUUAUUUACUAAGUUUUUGGCUAUUGAAGUUUUUGUCUUGGCUUUAUUGAUUGGUGCUUUGAUUGAAUCAUCUUAUAAGUGGGGUUAUUUCACUUUCGGUGUGUUUGCUUUAUUGUUUGUUAUUUAUUUGGUUAGUGUUGAUCUUCACUAUUCAUUACGUGAAACUGUAAAGUCAACAUUUGGUAAUUUCCUUAUUAUCUUUGCUAUUGUUGUUUGGGUCUUGUAUCCAAUUUGUUGGGGUUUAUCUGAAGGUGGUAAUGUUAUCCAACCAGAUUCAGAAGCUGUAUUCUAUGGUAUCUUGGAUUUAAUUAACUUUGGUCUUCUCCCAACCAUUUUAACUUGGAUUGCUGUUCGUAACGUUGAUGAAGAAUUUUUCAGAAAUCUCGGUCACUUCGGUAGAAGAGAUGCCUCUCCAGCACAAGAAAAGGAACUUGACACUACUCCAAGACACUCCGGUGAUACUGCUGUUGCUCCAGCCGGUGUUCCUGCAGUUAGAGACGAAGAAGAAGUUUAG